AUGAAACUUAGCCACUGGUCGAGCGCGGCUCGCAUGCUACAGACCCCCACUCAACAGGUAACCCUCUCAGGUGCAGGUACACCCCUCAGGUUCUUUUUCAGGUGGCCUUGGGUCUGCAGUUUGUUGCCGUGCCUCAACCAGUGGCUCCCCCUCUCUUCCCUUGCGCUGCAUUUCAAGUCACAGUUUCCCCUUCAACUUGCUCCCACCACCGCUCUCUCACUAGCUCUGUGUGUGCGCAUUGCAGGUGGCGGGGAGGGCUGUGGGGUCAACACCGACGCUCCCUCACGCCCCUCCCCUGUGGCCGUGCAGGGAGGAGGCACCUGGAUGAGGGCUGCUGGUGGUGGGGCUGCAGCUGCCUUGAGCUCGCCCUCACGCUAUCAGCUAAGUGCAGGUAACCCCCUCAGGUGCAGGUCCCCCUCUCAGGUGCAGGUCCCCCUCUCAGGUGCAGGUCCCCCUCUCAGGUGCAGGUGCAGGUCCCCCUCUCAGGUGCAGGUCCCCCUCUCAGGUGCAGGUCCCCCUCUCAGGUGCAGGUCCCCCUCUCAGGUGCAGGUCCCCCUCUCAGGUGCAGGUCCCCCUCUCAGGUGCAGGUGCAGGUUCCCCUCUCAGGUGCAGGUUCCCUUGGCGUCUGUGGCGUGUGCCCUUGCCUUAACCAGUGACCCUCCUUUUCUCUUCCACAUUUGGCAGUGGAGGGGAGGGGCGUUGGGGUCAACACCGACGCUUCCCCGCGCCCCUCCCCUGUGGCCGUGCAGGGACUUGUGGGGACCGGAGGGGGGCAGCACUGCAGCAUGGCAAUCCCACUACAGCAAGGGAGAGUAUCGGGAUGGGCUUGGCCUCUCAAGGUCACUCGCAAUGCAGCAGAGGCAGCUGACGGGACCAGUUGUGGCAGCAUCAGCAGCGGGGAGCGCUGAUGCAGCAGGGGAGGGGAGGGGAGAGGGGGACAUAAGGCGGCAUCUUUUGGCGCUUCUUCAGCUACCAGCUAAGUGCUUUCGCCUCCCUGGACUCACUCUUGCCUGCUUCUCACUGCUCAUGCUGAAUUACUCUUGUCCUUUUCACUGGCCCCUCCCCUCGCAUGCGCUUCUUUCGAACUCACAGCUGCCAGUUCAGCUUCAUCCCGUGAUUGCACAAUCACAGGCUCUGUGCAUGCUCCUUGCAGGUGGAGGGGAGGAGCGCUGGGGUCAACACCGGCGCUUACCCGCGCCUCUCCCUGGCUGCAGCAGCCGCGGCAGUGGCGGUGCCAGCAGCAGCAGCAGCAGCAGCAGCGUGGCGGCGGCAGCAGCAGCAGGAGUGGAGGGGAGGGAGGAGCUGAAGUCAACAUCUUCAGCUGCCAGUGGAGGGAGGGGCGUGUGGGUCGACGCCAACACUCCCCCACGCCCCUCCCUUUUGGCCGUGCAGGUACCCACGGGGAUGGGAGGGCGGCAGCACUGCAGCAGCUUGCAGUUGGUGCCCCAAGGGAGAGUAUUGGGGUGGGCUGGCCUCUCAAGGCUGAAGGUGGGAGCACUGGAGCAAGGGCAGGAGAGUGGAGACCACCCUCUCACUCACCUCCUCCUCUCUCCCUUCUCCCUUCCCUCCCAGCAGCACCCUGCCUGGACCACAGUGGAGUAUCUCCCUCCCCUAAUCCCCCUUCUCUCUCCACUUCCCAGCAGCCUCAUCAUCAUGCCGCUCUGCACGGCUGUGGUAGGUACAGGUCCAGUGGACUUGCCUUUCAGACUUGGGAAAGGCUUGCCGGAAGACUUGAGGGACCAACUGUCGGUCGUUGUCAUUGCGCCUCGCGAUCUUGCUGACUCAGAUGACCAGUGUCCCAUCUGCCUGACUGACUACGAGGUGCAUGACGUGCAGCAGCGGCAACCAUGCGGCCAUCACUUCCACCAGCCGUGCCUCGACGCCUGGUUCACCUCACACACCACCUGCCCCGUUUGCCGUGUGCAACUCACUCUGCAACCUGAUAACCCGGAGAAGGACCAGCAGGGCGCAGGCACAAGUGCGGUAGGUGUAGCAGUGCCUGGCAGUAUCACUUAA